UACAUACACCGGAGAUGGACAUUGGCGAGGGAAGGAAGAGUCGUCGCUCAUUGCGCUGUGCCUACCGCUACUGACGCGCGUGACGACCGCUACCGACGCAGCAAAGAUGCCGGCCGAGGAGCUGCGCCACGGCCCCGUCGGCGCCUUCUCCUGGCUCGGCAUCGCCUUCCUCACCGUCAACUCGGCCAUGGCGAUCCACAGGUCCAAAGGCGACCCGUCCGCGGUCGGCUUCGUGGCCUUCUCCUACCUCGACCUCGUACUGCUCUUCUACUUCCAUAGGAGGUUCGAGAGCGCCGCGCCCGGCUCACCGGCGAGACGGAGGCUCAAGGUGGCCGUCUGGGUCCUCACCACCAUGCUCACGGCCGUUCUAAGCUAUAAGGUGGCGGCUAUCAUGCCGCUGCCAGUGCAGAUCCUCGUUUGGGCCAUGGCCGGCGCCGCCACAGCAGGAGGAUUCUACGCCUUCUUCCUGUUCCGGGAAGGCAAGGAUGGUUAAGGAAGCGUGGCAUAUAUUUGCUGGGAAAGCCCUUAUUUUGGAUCCUACAUGCUCCAAACGUAGCUGGGAAAAGAAAUCAAAGGUACAUAUGUUCUUUCAGGAAAAUGGGACGUUAUGGACAAGGUUUGGCGCACUCUCACUUCCAGGUCGUUGGCUGCUGCCGCAACUGUUGCCGCUGAGCACGCAAAUGUUCGACUUUUGUCCUUCUAGGGCCAUGGGCACUGAGCUCGGGAGGGCGUUCUCUCUGUCAAAUUCUUGUCACGCUAUAUGAAACCUUACAUCUAAGCUGCUAAAGUGAAUGACGGGUAUUGUCUGUAUUGUGUAUUGUGUAUUGUGUAGGUAGCAAGCAGCUUCCUUUUGUCCCAGGUCAUGUAAUAUCAUCAGCAAAAAUAGAACUUAAGACAGCAAGGUCUUACAUUUUUUUUUGUUAAAGAA